AUGUGUGACGUAGCAGCGCAGUUCCACAUCCGUCACAAGCUGAGCCGCGACCACCGUGUUCUUUCCCUUGCAGAGGUUAAAACCAGCCAACACCUGGCUGCCAUCCCUGUCUUCUGUUCAGAGCACAAUGAGCCCUUCCGCUACUUCGACAAAGAUUGUGGCCAUGUAAUCUGCAGGGAUUGCCAAGCGUUGGAGCAUAACGGCCACAAGUGUUGUUCCCUCGCCGAAGCUUCCGCCCAGAGCAGACAAGAGUUGGACGCUCUAACCUCCAAAGCUAAAGGAACUGCUGCACAGUUGAAAGAGGCUGAAGAGCGUGUUAUGACGGUCGUCAAUGACCUGAACCGAAAGAAGAAGCAUGAAGAAGACAAGAUUCAUGCCUUUUUUGAAGAAGUAAGUGCCUUUUUUGUUCUAUCUUUUAUAGGCAUAUUAAGUGUGUAUAUCUCGGACGUGAUAUGGUCAUUUAAAAUUUGCUUCUUGUUCAUCAUUUUCUUUUAAUUUUUCUAGCUUCGUGCCUCUCUCGACGCCCGAGAACAAGCUCUUGUUACGAAACUGAGUCAGAUUCACAAGGCCAAGUCGUUCAUCCUGACGGAACAAUGCGACCUUCUUCGAACCUUUGAAGCCUGCCUGUUGAGUGCCGUUGACCGUGCAGUAACCGCCAUCCAAUCGGCGGGUGACGUACAGCUGCUCGUUGCCAAAUCCGACAUCGCCACGACCCUGAUGGCCAUGGAGAGCAGGCCUCCCGUCCUGGAUCCGCAAGGAAAUUCUGCACUGGAGUUCUCCGUAGAUAGUAAACGCUUGUUAGACGUGCUUUCCGAGGCGGGGAAUGUAACUGACGAUUAUACAUGCGCCAACACCACCAGUGCCUUUGGCGCAGGAAUAGAGACCGCAUCUCCUGGCCAGGAUGCAUCCUUUAUCAUCACCGCACGCGACUGCCAAGGAACUGAGCGCGCUGUUGGUGGCGAUCUGUUUGAGGUAGAGCUCCAGGGAGAGAAAGGCGAGAAAGUGGAAGUAAAGCUGGUCGACAGAACGGAUGGAACUUACUCCGCGACAUAUACUCUACCUGUAGAUUUCAAGGACGAGCUCCAGCUGUCUAUAUUGUUCCGUGGAAUUCAUAUCCAAGGUAG